AUGUCUGUGGCUCGGCCACCCGUCGAGGACUCUAAUUCUAAGCUGAAAAGGGCUAGAGUGGAGAUCCGAUUGGCGAUGAGUUUUUUGAAUGAGGACAAAGUUGGAACUAUACAACCACACGAUGAUACUUUAGUGGUCACUCUCAAGAUAGGAGGGUAUGAUAUGAAGAGGGUGUUGGUAGACCAAGACAGCGAUGUAGAGAUCAUGUAUCCUGAUCUAUACGAGGGGAUGAGGUUGAAACCUGAGGACUUGGCCCAUUAUGAUUCACCCUUGGUGAGUUUUGAUGGGAAAGUUGUAAUUCCAAAGGAUCAAAUUAAAUUACCAAUACAGGCAGGGUCCAAAGUGGUGGAGGUAAACUUCAUUGUAGUGGACGCUUAUUCCCCCUAUACCGCCAUUGUGGUAAGGCCUUGGCUUCAUGCCUUAGGAGCUAUUUCUUCCACCUUGCAUUUAAAAGUUAAGUAUCCAUCCGAGGACCAGGGUGAAGAGCUGAUUGGGAGCCAGUCUAUGGCUGAGCCAGUCUAUGACACGGUGUCGGAAGGGGUAAGGUGUGAGAAGCUGGAAGAGAUUGUUAUAGAUGGUGAUCCAGAGAAGUUUUUUCAGGUUGGAGCUCAGCUGCCUCCUCGGGAGAAGAAGGAGCUGAUCAUGUUUCUGAAGAGGAAUAUUGAUGUGUUUGCAUGGAAUGCUUAUGAAGAUCCUGAAGUGGAUCCAGACUUCAUUUGCCAUCAUCUAAAUGUCAACCUGGUUGUCCUCCCUAAGAAGAAACCACCUCGACGCUUAUCUAAAAAGCAUUCUAAUGCUAUCAAGGAGGAAAUGAACAAGCUUAAACAUACUGGGGCUAUUAAGGAAGUCUUCUACCCUGAGUGGUUGGCCAAUACGGUGGUAGUGAAAAAGAAGAAUGGGAAGUGGCGGGUAUGUGUAGACUUCACAAAUCUGAAUAAAGCUUACCCCAAGGAUCCUUUCUCUAUGCCUCAAAUAGAUCAGUUGGUGGAUGCCACUAUAGGCCAUCCUUGGAUGAGCUUUCUGGAUGCCUGUCAAGGGUACUCCACCUCGGCUUAUCCACAGGGGAAUGGACAGGCCGAGGCUAUUAAUAAGGUUAUAGUGAAUGGACUCAAAAAGAGGCUAGAUGAUGCAAAGAGAAAAUGGGUGGAAGAGUUGCCACACGUCUUUUGGACAUAUUGGAUUACAUCUCGUAGGUCCACUAUGGAGACGCCCUUUUCAAUGAUUUAUGGAGCCGAGGCGUGA